CUCAAACCAAUACAUUUGGAAGAGUACCAAGAGGAAGAGCUUGGCCAAGAUCUCAUACCAAUACAUUUGGAAGACUACCAAGAGGAACAGCUUGGCCAAGAUCUCGUACCAAUACAUUUGGAAGAGUACCAAGAGAAACAGCUUGGCCAAGAUCUCAUACCAAUACAUUUGGAAGACUACCAAGAGGAACAGCUUGGCCAAGAUCUCGUACCAAUACAUUUGGAAGAGUACCAAGAGAAACAGCUUGGCCAAGAUCUCAUACCAAUACAUUUGGAAGAGUACCAAGAGGAACAGCUUGGACAAGAUCUCAUACCAAUACAUUUGGAAGAGUACCAAGAGGAACAGCUUGGACAAGAUCUCAUACCAAUACAUUUGGAAGAGUAUCAAGAGGAACAGCUUGGACAAGAUCUCGUACCAAUACAUUUGGAAGAG